GUGACAAAGAUGGAGACGACAAUUCUGAAUUUACGGAAUUUCUUUGACCAACUCAUGUGCCAAGCAGAAAUUCUAAAUGAAAGCAGUGAAUACCAACUUAUCCAACUGGCCAAGAACUUUGAAGAGUUUAGGAGAAAAUGGCAGAAAAUGGAUCACGAGGUGGCCAGAUACAAAGAUUUACUGAUGAAAACAGAAACUGAGCGUAGUGCUCUUGAUGUGAAACUGAAACAUGCACGCAACCAAGUAGACGUGGAGAUCAAGAGAAGACAGCGAGCUGAAGCAGAUUGUGAAAAGUUGGAGCAACAGAUUCAGCUGAUCAAAGAGCUUCUCAUGUGUGAUUCAUCAGGCAGCAUACAGCUGAGCGAAGAACAGAAAUCAGCACUGGCCUUUUUAAGCAGGCCUCAGAUGUCCCUUGGUGGUAACAAAAGGCUGUCAACAAUAGAUGAAUCUGGUUCAAUUUUAUCCGACAUCAGUUUUGACAAAACUGACGAAUCAUUGGAUUGGGAUUCCACAAUGGUAAAGACUGUUAGGUUGAAAAAAAGAGAAAAAAGGCGCUCUUCUAGACAGUUUAUUGAAGGCCCACCUGGUCCUUUAAAGAAAACUCGUUCCAUUGGCUCUACAGUAGAUCAGGGAAAUGAAUCAAUAGUUGCAAAAACAACUCUCACAGUUCCUAAUGAUGGAGGCCCAAUAGAAGCAGUUGCCACUAUUGAGACUAUACCUUACUAUGUUGGAAACCAGAGAAAGGCAGCCAUCCUACAGCCUUGGAACAGUGACUCAAGCCUGGGAAGCAGGAAGGUUGGAAACAAAUCCGAAACAGAUGGAUCUAGCACUCCUGGAAGCACUGGAAUGAGACUACACGAAUUUGUAUCAAAAACGGUUAUUAAGCCUGAGUCAUGUGUUCCAUGCGGGAAGCGGAUAAAGUUUGGGAAAAUGUCCCUGAAAUGCAGAGACUGUCGAGUAGUUACACAUCCAGAAUGUCGAGAUCGCUGCCCCCUGCCCUGCACCCCUACUGUAGCAGGAACCCCUGUCAAAAUUGGAGAGGGAGUUCUGGGGGAUUUUGUACCUCUGACGACUCCAAUGAUCCCCUCCAUUUUAGUUCACUGUGUAAAUGAGAUUGAAAGACGAGGCUUGAAUGAGACAGGCCUCUACCGAAUUUCUGGCUGUGACCGCACAGUGAAAGAUUUGAAGGAGAAAUUCCUUAGAGGGAAAACAGUACCUCUGCUUAGCAGAGUGGAAGAUAUCCAUGCUAUUUGUGGCCUUCUUAAAGAUUUUCUCCGCAAUCUUAAGGAGCCUCUUCUUACUUUCCGUCUCAAUAAGGACUUUAUGGAAGCAGCAGAAAUUAUAGAUGAGGACAACAGUAUAGCAGCCAUGUAUCAAACUGUUGGAGAGCUACCACAGGCUAAUAGGGAAACUCUGGCAUUCCUCAUGAUUCACCUGCAGAGAGUGGCUCAAAGUCCAGACACCAGAAUGGAUAUUUCCAACCUAGCUAGAGUCUUUGGGCCUACCAUUGUUGGCCAUGCUAUACCAGAACCUGAUCCCAUGACACUACUCCAGGAUACAAAAAGGCAACCUAGGGUUGUGGAACGGUUGCUCACUUUGCCUGUGGGAUACUGGAGCCAGCUCAUCAUGGUAGAACAGGAAAAUAUUGAGCCAGCUCACAUCAUUGAAAAUGCCAAUGCUUACUCCACACCCUGCACACCUGAUGUUAAAGUGAGCAUGUUGGGACCACUCACUACUCCAGAACAGCAAUUGGCAAAAACUCCUUCAAGCAGCUCACUGUCUCAGAAAGUCAAGUCUACAUUUAGCAAAACCACUCCCAAAUUUGCAAGCAAAAGCAAGUCUGCAACAACCUUUGGACGGCAAGGAAACUUUUUUGCUUCUCCAAUGCUGAAAUGAAAUAUCCUGGUGUUCUGAUUAUCUGCUUGCAGUGCAAUUAUAAAGACCAGCAAUAAAAUCUCAAGUUGUUCCUUCACUUCCUAACAACAAUGUGUAAUAACUUCAGUAAUAUAUAUCUGCUUUUUAGCUUUUCUUAAAUUUUAGUUGAAUUUUAUUCAGUGUAAGAUGUCUAGUCAUAUCACAUUUAUUGUAGGGUAUAACUGGCAUAACCCACUCAGCGUGUAAGUAGGGAAUUUGCAAGUUUGCUUGUUUCUGAAAAUAUGUCUCUAGUUGGGAAGGUGCCAUAAUUGGAAAGGAAUGUAGUUUGAAAAUCUAGUAAUUUUCUUCAUUUUACAAGCUUUGGAUAAAGUAAGUGCUGAUCCAUUACAAAGGUAUCUGCUUGAAACUAUAUAUAUUCAAAAUGCGGUCAUAUGAAAAAUUGAAACCAUGGUCCAUUAGUGCAUGUACACAUUGUAUAAGAUAUUUCUUUUGAUAUCAAAGGAGGAUAUAAUAAAUGUGAUAACUA